GGGAGGAUAGCAAGUCAGGGAUGGGGAGAUCGCCGAGUGGAUAGAAGUGUUACUACAGAGCUGCUGGAGGACGGGAUGGGAGCCGAAGGAUAAUGCUCCACUCCCCAGCGUGCAGCGGCGUGCCGGACACCUCCUGACUCCUCGCGGCGGCGGCGGCUGUCUUCGUCCUUGCAGCAGCCACUGUCUUUUCUAUCCCUCCUCCUUUCAACCACAGCCUUCUUCAUCGUAUUUUUGCUCGCUCCUCCUCACUCCAUAUUCCUCUGCAACCGCUGGGCUCCCCCUCCUCUCUUUUCUACCUCUGUCCCCUUUUUUUGGUCCAGAGGACGGAUUUCUGUAUUUCAUCAGGGAUUGUAGAAGAAAUGUCUCUCUGGGAGUGAUGGCGUUGCCACGAGUGCCGCCCUCUCUGUCGCCAUGACGAUGCCGUUCAGCCCCCUGUCCAGCGACGAGGAGCAACAAAGGAUGCUGGGAAAUCGGCAUCCCUACCCAGGGGGAGAGGAGGAGGAAGAGGAGGAGGAAGAGGAGGAGGAGGAAAUGGAAGAAGACGAGCGUGAUGUUGACCAGGAGGAGGAGGAGAACGGCGAGCUGGACGGCGAAGAGGAAGACGAGGAGGAGGAGGUGGUCGAGGAAGUCAGGCGGGGCGGCCUAUCGCGUGUGGGCAGGGGGGAGGGACACAGGCAGCCAGGUAAACCGACCGGAAGACCCCCCGGGGACAGACAGAUCCGGUCAGGAAACCCCGGACACGCCACAAACCCCUAUUCGUCCAAUCCUGCACCAACGCACCAACCACCGGCCAAUCACGUGCAGCAGCAGCCGCAGAGGCGGUUGAAGGAGCGCAACACCGGCACGACGUCAUCAGAGGACGCUCACGUUGCCAUGAUGGUGUUUCGCAUCGGCAUCCCGGACAUCAAGCAAACGAAAUGUUUGCGGUUCAACCCGGACGCCACGGUGUGGAAGGCCAAGCAGCAGGUGCUCUGCUCCCUGACCGAAUCUCUGCGGGACGUCCUGAACUACGGUCUGUUCCAGCCCGCCACGGACGGCCAUGACGCCAUGUUCCUGGAGGAGGAGAGGCUGCUCAGAGACUACCCGCAGUCCUUUGAGAAAGGGGUGCCAUAUCUGGAGUUUCGAUACAAAACCAGGGUGUACAAACAGACCAAUCUGGAUGAGAAGCAACUGGCCAAGCUGCACACUAAGGCCAGCCUGAAGAAAUUCAUGGAUUAUAUUCAAACCAGCGCUGUGGACAAGAUGGCCAAGUUCUUAGAGAAAGGCCUCGAUCCCAACUACCAGGAUGCCGACACCGGCGAGACUGCCCUGUCCUUGGCGGUGCAGUGUGAGCCGGGUGGAGGUGAGGCCAUCCGCGUCCUGGUGGAGGGAGGUGCUCACAUUGACUUCCGCGCCAAAGACGGACUCACGCCUGUGCACAAAGCUGUGCGGGGCCACCGCCAUACCGCCCUUCUGGUCCUUUUGUCCCUGGGUGCGUCUCCGGACUAUAAGGACCGGCGAGGGCUGACGCCGCUCUACCACACUGUGCUGACAGGGGGCGACACCUCCUGCUGCGAAACACUGCUUUACCACCACGCCAAACUAGGCAUCAGGGACGAGAACGGCUGGGACGAGACACAUCAGCGUCUGUGUAUGUGCUGCCUCUGUGUCUACGUCAACAAAAACAGAAACAUUCAUGCCAUGAAACACUCCCGCCUCCCUCCAUUCAUCUCGGACACCUUUCACCCUUCAUCCCACCCGCCUUGCUUCUGUGGCAGUGAGGUGGACGGGACGAAUCGAGCCUCCUCCUCCUCCUCCUCCUCCUCCUCCUCGGUGUCGUCCUCAGCGCUUCAUCAGGGUCUCCUCAGCGCUCGUGACCUCCAUCUUAUUCUGUCUCUGCGUGCGUCAAUGCACACAAUGUCAGUAAUUAUUCAACUAAUGCAAUCAAUGUUCGCUAACCGCCGCUGUUUGUUGCAGGAAAGCUGUUCACGAAUUCUUCUCUAUCGGGGAGCGAAUAAAGAAACAAAGAACAACAACGGGCAGACGUGCUUUCAGGUGGCUGUUAUGUCCGGCCAUUUUGAACUGGGAGAAAUUAUCAAAAACCACCGGGAUACAGAUGUGGUUCCCUUUGUGGAGUCUCCAAAGUUUCAACGGCAGAGGCGGGAGAGCACCCGUUCUCUGACAAUACCCCACCCUCAUCCUUUCCUCCGGGGCAACAGUGACAGCAGUAUGAACCUGCCCGACUGGAUGGCGGUGCCCAACGCCCCAGGGACCAACAUCGUCUCUGUGCAGGGCUACAAGCACACAGGAGCCCUGCGGAGCUCCAGCAGUCCCAGAGGGGCGAGGACACGUUCUCCAUCCCGAGGGAGGAUCGGAGACAAGGAGGACCGGAGCAGGCAGAGUCGGAGACAAGCGCCGGCUCCUGCCAGCGCAGCCGCACAAACCGCAGGCCAGCGAAGACGCCUCUACAGUGCGCUGCCGGGACGCGUCUUUGUGGCCACUCGAUCGAACUCGGCCCAGGGAGAGCGAGAAAUCAGCUUCAGUAAGGGAGACCGGGUCAAAGUAUUAAAAGUUGGGAAGGCGGGAUUUGAGAGGGAGCGCCCGGGUAGAAAGGGGUUGGUUCCCCUCCAACUGCGGGAGGAAGUGAUGCUUCGGAGCCAAGACAACCGAUCAGAGAGCCGUGGAGAACGAGCCAAAAGGCUCUUCCGCCAUUACACUGUGGGAUCCUAUGACAGCUUUGACGCUCCCAGUGACUAUAUAAUCAAGGAGAAGUCGGUGCUUCUGCAGAAAAAGGACAGCGAGGGUUUCGGCUUUGUGUUGCGAGGGGCCAAAGCUCAGACUCCUAUUGAGGAGUUCACCCCGACCCCGGCCUUCCCCGCCCUGCAGUACCUGGAGUCAGUGGACGAGGGAGGCGUCGCCUGGAGGGCCGGUCUCAGGAUGGGGGAUUUCCUCAUAGAGGUCAAUGGACAGAAUGUGGUGAAGGUCGGUCACCGACAAGUUGUCAACAUGAUCCGGCAAGGUGGCAACAGCCUCAUGGUAAAGGUAGUCAUGGUAACCCGAAACCCCGACAUGGAGGAGGGUUCGAGGAAGAAAAUCCCCCAGCAGAGUAAGAGGCUGAACACUCCGGCCAUCGCCCUACGAUCCAAAUCCAUGACUUCAGAGCUGGAGGAGAUGGUGGAGAGAGCUGCUACCCCUUGGAAAAAAAAAUCAGAAUUCGAAUCCUCACAAGUUACAGAGAAGAAGAGGACAGUCUAUCAGAUGGCUUUGAAUAAACUAGAUGAAAUUCUUGCAGCAGCUCAGCAGACAAUCAGCACCAACGAGGCACCGGGGACACGGGGACAGGGGCCAAAAAGAGACAGAGGACGAAGUUUCUAUGGCAAUGAGCAGAACUACGGCGAUCCGUCCGGGAUGGGGGUGAUGCCGUCGGGGUUGGGCCUCGGCUACGACCGCGGCCUGUACAACUCAGGUCACGGCCCAAAGCACGGUAUGCGGCGGCAGAAAUCCAUCGGCGUGCCUGAGGAGGAGAGGCAGUCACUGCAUCCUCCAGCCAUGAAGUUCGCUCGCAGUCUGUCGGUGCCCGGCCCGGACGACAUCCCCCCUCCUCCCACCACAGCUCCACCAGAGCCUCCGUUCUCCUCCGCUCCGCCACUAGGUUGGAGAGCAAAGUCAUCCCAGCAGCCCGUCUCAGUGUCCCAGUCCACCUCAACGCCCGCCCACUACCAGCCGUACUCCCAGGCAGCGCAUUUCACCCAUGGCGGCAGGGAAAGGUCAGGCAGUUCCGGCACGGGCCCCGGUGGUGGAGCGGUGGACCACGCGACCCCUUAUGCACACGCCACUGCCCACACUGCUCAAAGCAGAACUGCCUCGCGAAAGGUCGCCUAUUCGGGGGAGCCUGGUGGAGCUGGCCCGGGGGCCGGUGGAGCGAAGACAGCCGGUCUUCGGAGAGGCUACAGCAACGCCAUCCUCCCAUCCAGCAGUGCCACUGUAAUGCCCCAGCAACAACAGACCACACCGAGUCAACCCCAACGCACAGACCGCAGUGCAGCUGGGCCUGGAGCUGGCGGUCCCAAAGGAGGGGCCAGGAGAGGCAAGGGACCACUGGUGAAGCAGUCUAAGGUGGAGGACCUACGCAUGGCCCAGGGUACGCUCGGGGGGAAAGGCUCGGUGGAGAAAAGCUCCAUCCCCAUCCCCACCAUUAUUGUCAAGGCCCCCUCGACCAGCAGCAGUGGACGCAGCAGCCAGGGUAGCAGUGUGGAGGCCGACGCUCCUGCAUCAGGAGAGACGGAUGAGGCGAAGACACCACACGGUCCUCCUCCCUCCACCCCCGCUCCACAGCCGCCCGCUCCGCCUUCCAUCCCUGCGCCGCCGCCUCCCUACUUGCCUUCUAUGCGAGCCCAGGAUAAUCUGGACUUCACAAGCCAGUUCGGGGCAGCUAUCGUCGGUGCUGCUCGCCGGGACAGGGAACGGUUGCACGAAGCUCGCAGAAAGAGCGCCUCCUUGUUUAUGUCCGCCGAGGAGGAUGUAAGCGUCGGGGUAAGUGACGGAAUAACAAGGACUCAAGCGUCACAGCAACAGCUCAGCACACAGGCUGAAAGUUCAUCAACACGGCUGCGCCCGUCCAAGUCCAUCGACGAGGGCAUGUUCUCCGGGGACACUUUUAUCCAUCACACCCGCAGUAUGCCUCCCGCCUUUGGCCUCCCUGAGUACUCCUCGCCUGCCCUGGACUAUCAGCCUAAGUCUGUGCCCACUGACUUGUACACAGCGGCAGGCAGGCAGCCGGCGUCCUCCGGUACAACCACCUUCAUUCACCCGCUAACAGGGAAGGCCCUUGACCCCACAUCGCCACUCGGCCUCGCCCUGGCUGCUAGGGAGCGCGCUCUGAGAGACGACAGCAGGUUAAGGAGGGGAGCAGAACACCACUUCAGCCGCCAGAUGUCGAGCGCGGCGUUUCCUUCGUCCACUGUCAACUCUCAGCCGGUGUCGUCGACCGCCCAGUCCUCCAGCUCCUCUUACCUGGUCACCUCGUCCUCUCUGGCCGCUACUACGGCCUCCGUUGGUCGCCCACCAUCGCCCCGAAUCCUCAGAGGAGUCGGCAGCGUGUGGAGUGAGGAGGGCGGGGGCGGAGACAGGGAGCGCGAAGGAGGAGGGGCUCGCGAGGGGCUUAGAGUUCGCUUCUCCGAGGACAAAACCGUCCACACGCACCACUACCAGUCUCAACCGUAUCAGUCGACGUACAAGGAGAGGGAGCGGGAGAGGUCGAGAGAGCGGGACAGAUCGAGGGAGCGGGAGGCGUCGCGGGAAAGAGAGAGGGACAAAGAGAGAGAGGAUUACAUGAGGAGGGCGGAGCAAGCUGCCGAAAGCUCUGUUCAACAUGCGUCCCAAACUCAUCAGCCUGCAAGACCCUCUUUUCUCAGGAUGGAAAAUCAAGCGGAUGCCUACAUCUUGUCCCUCACCCCUCCCUCACCUCCACCAAAUGGUUCUCAGCAGACAGCGAACACCACUGGGAGCAGUGGGACUGGUCUGAUGGUCCUUCCUCCCCCCGCCCCCUCGAUUGAUGCCGAUGAUGAGUUUGUCUACGCAGACCCUCUCCCGCCUCCAUUACAGUUUGCCAACAGUUUUGACAGGGGAACGGGGGGAUUAUCAGGGUACUCACAACACGGGAUGCGCCCAAAUAGCUUGACCUCCCGCCAACAGCAGGUCCCUCCACCUCCUCCUCCACCACCCCCUCCUCCACCCCCCAUUAAAGAAGCAGGUGGGUUUCAUGCUCACACACCCUUGCCCUCUCCUCAGGCAGGAGACUCCACCGCCUCCAGCCUCACAUCUUACGACAGUGAGGUUGCUAACCUUACCCAAUCCGCUCCCUCUCCCUCCCAAACGUCGCCCAACCCCCCGCCCCCUCACUCGCCCUCUACCCUGCACCCCACCUCGUCAACGGGACCUCCGCCUCCCCCGUCGGUCUCCCCGCCACCUCCGCCCGGGUCCUAUCACAGGCCCUUCUCCGUGUCCCACCACCUUUACAACAGCUCACAUACCCCCGGGCGCUCUUCGCCAACGCCUCCCCCACACACAGUCGCACCUCCCCCGGGAUACCGCGGUACCCCGGCACCCACCUCGACCGCUGCCACCUCCGCUCCACACAGGGGCACUUUCUCGCAUGCCAUGACCGCUAGCUGUGCCGCUACAACCACAACAUGCACCUCCACUCAGCUCUACCAAGAGCGCACACACACGGGACACCAAACACACACCACGUCCUCCACCGCCACCACAGGAGGUCGCAGGACAGGGGAGCACCACCCGUCCCUCACCCUGCUGCCAAGAAAGGGAGAGUCCCAGGAGACAGUGGUGGACUCUGGGAUCGAAGAGCUGGACAGCCGCAGCAGCAGCGACCACCACCUGGACAGCAUCCUGGCCAGUGUCCGGGGAGACAGGCUGGACCGGGGGGAGAGGGGAGGACGGACGGGGGGAGGAGGCGGGACGGGGGAAUUGGAAAGGGGAGGGGAUUUUCUGGAGUCUUACAUGAGCUACCUGGACGGACAAACCUUCGAGAUGCAGAAUGCCACAGCAGCAGUGUCCACCUACCCAAAGGCUAACAGGUUCAGGGAGGGCGGUCGAACCAGCGAUCUCCACAGACAGACCAGCACCGCUCCCGCAUCUUUCCACUCCCACAGACGAAGGGACGAGCAGGAAGACGACGAGGAGGGAGCGGAUGAAAGCAGUCGCGACGGGUACGGGGGGAGUGACAUGCAGAAUUUGGGACGUCCGAUUUCACCGUACUUUGAUCGCCCUCGCACCCCCGAGAUCAAGCCUCUCUGGGGCGAGGGGCAAAUGGCGGCUGACCAGUCCGCGGCAAUUUUAGAGGGGAAAAAGGUUUACCCGCCCGCCUCCAGUAUGAAGCCCAGCAUCAUAAAUGAGCUGAACAGCAAACUGCAGCAAAGGACCAAGGACAGCUGGCACAGCCAGAGCCCUCUGGGCAGACACAGAGCCAGAAACAGAUUCUCAGAGGAUUCGGCCUCAGCUCUGAGUCCUCCUUCAGCUCGAUCCCAGUCACCGUCUCCGAUUUCGUUAUCGCAGCCGUCGUUAUCCCCGUCCCCCACCCCUGCCUCCCAGUACCCCAACUGGGGACGAUCGCCAUCCCCUCAACCCCCAGCUGCGUCUCAGCCUCCUCGUUCUCAUUCCCCGAUUUCCCCAACGUCUUAUGCCCCUUAUCCCACUUCUCCGAAACACAGACCUGUCUACCGAACCAAAGCCCUAGAAUUCCAGUUCAUCCCCAGUCGCGAGUCCCGCAAAGCGGAAUCACACAUGUUCCAGCGUAGGAGAGCACCCAGUCCCCUCAUCUCUCCGUCAGAGCGGCCCAAGCUGGGUCCACCGCGACCAUCGUCCCUUCCACUCCUCCCCACCACACCGCUCUACAGUGCGAUGUAUGACCUGCGGGGUUCAAUCACGCCGCCGUCCCCGGGGAACCCUCUUGGAGAUCCUUACUUUUCGCCCUCUCCUCCCCUGUUCGCCGCCUCUGGCGCCCCGCCCCCUCCCAACUCGGCCUUAGUUGUCUCUCGAUCCCUUUCUCCGACUCACUUCUUGUCCGGGGCCUCGUCUCCGCCGAUGCACCCUCACACUCCGCCUACAUGCCUGAGUUACCCCCACCUACCGCCACCUUCCCCCACGAAGCCUUUUGCUUCCAAGCCACUGCCCUACUGGACCAAGUACGACGUCGCAGACUGGCUAGGAUACCUGAACCUGGGGGAGCACAGGGAGCGUUUCCUGGACAACGAGAUUGACGGCACCCAUCUGCCCUCCCUCACCAAGGACGACUUUCUGGAUCUGGGCGUGACUCGCGUUGGCCACCGAAUGAACAUAGAACGGGCCCUGCGGACCGUAUUGGACAGGCUGGCCAGUAGCCCAUUUCCCAUUUUGGUUCUGUCCCCUCGGGAAGGGCCGACUGAGCGGAGGAGGGAUGACGGGAGUCGUAGCUGAGGUUGCAAAAGGCAGAAAAACGGAGAGAUGGAGAGUAUGUGAGAAAGGGUUGGAGUCAAAGAUGGAGGAAGACACAACUGCUACUAUCCAUAGUGGUUUCACGCAACAAAUAUUGCGUGAAAUAUUUGUUGCGUCAGAGAGAGGGAGUUAAGGCCCAAAGGGAGAUGGAGACACAGGGAUGGAAAAAUGGGCUGAGGAUCCAUAACGACUCCAGCUGUGGCAGGCUGAUAGAAACAAGUACGUUCCCCUACAUGCAUGCACCGUCACACCAAUCAGCAGACAAGUCACGCAAACACACACCUCCACCUAAAAUCUGCGUGAAGACACUGUGGCUGCAACAGAUAUUCCAAGUGAGGAACAGUGAUGAAAUCGAGCCAAAUACUAAAGCGAGGCAAUCACAAGCCACGUCGCUUCAAAGAUAAAGGUGUCACUCGUCACGCCGCCAUCUUGUUGACUACUCCUCUCACCCAUCAGCUGGCUGGUUUAAUCUGUUUAAGCCACCGACGAUACUUUGGUCAGUGAAAACUCGAAUGUUACGUGUCUGAAUAUUACUGCGGAUAAGAUGAGAGCGAACUUUGGUGAAUGGGUGCAACGCUUUCUCUGUCUGGACGGCGGACGCGUAGGACGGCACAAGGCAGAAACGUCGUGGCGGCUUCCCCGUCUGUCACCGGAGGGGGCGUCGGCGCAGACGGAUGACUCUGCCUGGCUCUUCUUGUUCAGCUCCCACGGGUUACGUCUGCUUUUACCCCCCCGUAGGGCUCUGUCUUCACCGCAGGUCCUGUGAUCAGGAUUGUUUGUGUUCCUUUCUAGCUCUUUAUCAUCUUAAGUCUUAUAAUGACAUACACAUAUACGUAUGUAUAUAUACACACGUAUAUAUGUAUGUAUAUAUGCAGACUGGUCACUGUAUCACAAAUUUGUAGCAAAAAUAAGUGCCCAGACCGACUGAAUAAUAAAAAAGAAGAAAAAAAAAGAAUCAGUUACACUCACAGACACCUGAGUUACGACUUUACCUGCCUGCAUGCACACACCAACAUGUAGACACACACACACACACACACACACACAGAAAAGCACUUGCAAGUGAUUGCGUUAAGAGUUAAUGGGACACGUAUAUAGACACACUCUAUGUUUGGAGCUAAAAUACACUUAUACAAAAGGUGACAUACUGUGCUUUCGCUUGUGAGACGGCUCAUGUGACCAUGUGAAGAGGAACCCUCCCCCCUCCCGGGGGGGAAAGACUUCCUCACGUCAAGACAAGUCCACAAAGACCUUCCGUCCGAGGGAGACCAGAAAGGACAGGGGAAGGGAAGAAGAAAAACUGCCAUUUUCUUGCCCCCCCCCCACCCCUCGCCCCACCUUCACUCUCUCUGAACAAAACCCCCGAGGAAACAAGCAGCCACCGGUCCCCGAGGGGAUUGGAGAAAAAUGCUUAUAUCAAGUUUUAAUACUAUGAUUCUUCUUACGAUUUUUAAACUUUAAAAUGGGAAAUGGAUUACUAAUAUUGAUAUGAAGAGAUUUAUUGUUACUGUUUAUCAUGACUUUCAUCGUCCUUACUGUUAUUAUAACUUCCUGCCUCCUGCCUUCGGAUACUGAGGUGUCGCUGUCGUGCAAUCGGGUGUUUUCUAACUGUGAUGGACAUAACUGCUGGUUAUAUAAAGAAAUGUGUUGGUAUACAUAUAUAUAUAUAUAUAUAGGUAUUUUUGAACUGAAAGAUGAAUAUUAUUUAGUGCACAGAACCCUCAACAUUGUCUCUCUGUGUCCAGAAGCAUUGCAGCUUCCUAUGAAGCACAUUUCAGAAACAAACUGCUUUAUUCAUGGCCUCAAACGAUUUCCUCUCUGUUUAAAAGUGAUUUGUCACUUUAUAUCAUGCAGAUACUCAACGUGUAGCAGCUGGGAAGAGAAAACAAUGUAUUCAUUUAUUCAAGCAGUGAUAAAUGUAUUGGAUGCCCCCCCCCCCCCCCCCCUACCUCCCUUUAAUUGAUCACAUAAAAACAAUCACAUAAAUGACUCCUUUUCCACAUCUUAACGUGUCGUAUGCACAUUCACACCUCAUUAGAAAUGAUUAUAUUCUCACAUCAUUGAUCAAAUAUAAGGGCUCUCCCACCUUUAACACUUCUCCUGCUGCUUUGGAGUCCUCCAACACAUCGUGUGUCAGAUUGGUUUACUCUCAGAUCACGUGCUCACAGGCGCGUGAAUGAGUGAAGGUGGAGAAAUGUGUCAGAGAUGUUUGAAUGCAAAGGAAAUAGCAACAAGGACGAUGAAAACAAUGGUUACCGAAUGGUUUAAGAUGUUUAAAAAAAGUUCUAAACAAUCUCUGUCUUCCAAAGGUUUAACACGAAAAGGUACGAUGUAUAUUUGUUUAUCUGCUGUGCUUUCUAUACAGUUUGACCGUUUCUCCCCAUCUUGUCCCUUCCACCGUCAAGACACCCGACAGCAUCAACGUUGUGCUUCUCAUUUUCAUGUUGUUGGUACAAAGCACCUCCUGUUCAUAACAGUAUUAUGCAAAGGCCCUUUUCACAUUAGCAACCGUGGCUUUUCACAUUUCCCUUUAAUGGUUUUGAAACAAAUGUUCAGCCGAAGGGCGAGUUUCUGAAGGGCGGACAAGCAGGAUGUGGCUUCCUUCAUCGCACGGCCAAAUUCUACUCGUGUCCUUCAGGUCUCUAAAGGUCUGCUAGUGAGUACGGUGAAAUAGUAAACGUACAGAAAGCACCAACAGCACGACUUGUUUUAAUUCAUUUAGACGUUCGACAUGGUGGCUGUGAAUCGGUCAGACUCUAUAGAAAACACUUUUCCUUUUGAUCUUGAAAAAGAAAUUAAUUGAUGAAAGCUAAUUUACAGAAUAUAUGUAUAUGUGAAAGGCAUAUACACGUUCAUAUAGACCUAUAUGAAAACAAAUGUUUUAAGAGAUAUACAUUGUUAGAAUUAUAAUAAAGAUACAGAAUUAAAAGUUGUGAUUUG